AUGCAUGCAGGCCAUCCGUAUCCCUUUUCUUCUUUUCUUUCAUCUGCGCGGAGUACUCUUUAUUUUAUCUUCAUUUUCUUUUCUUGUUUGGGUCUUUGUCUUGAUUGAUUAUAUAUAUGCAUGCGUACUCCACUUUCCUUUCGACGGAGUACUUUCUAUAGAGAAACAUCUUCUCAAUCUAUCCUCCAUGUUGUCCAUCCUUAAUUGACCAAAUUUCUCCUAUUAUCCAUCACCUAUCUGAGAUCUCCGAGAAAAUCAAGUCCUGUUGCAUCUCGCGCAUUAAAUCGACAACACAAUGGCGCCUAUAUCCCGCACCCAACGAAUACCAACGACACCAGAAGACAGCAACGACGACGAUGACCCCCUCUUUUCCUCCAUCCGCUCAGAAACAGAACAUCCAUCACCACUCCUCCGCCGAGACACAAAAUCAGCCCGCCUCGAUACUCAAUACCAAUAUCAAUACCAAACCAUCUCAAUCCCCGCCACAUACGCAGACCUAAACAACUCCCUCGCACCGGGAACAGUAGCAGGCAUUAUCCUAGGCAGCGUAGCGGGCUUCAUCGUCAUUGCUUACUUCCUCUAUGUUGCAUUCGGGGGCACCGAACUCCCCAUCUACCGCAUCGAGGUCGGUGCCACUAGACGUCGAAGCGCGAGAGUACGGGGGGAUGCGGAUAGACGGCGCGAGGUUGCGGAGUUUGUGCGUCCUAUUGCUGCAAGACGGGGUCGGGGACAGAGGCAUCGGGCUCCUCCUCCUCCGCCACGGGAUACGAUUAUUGUUGAUGAGUCUGUGACGUCGCGUUCUAGGACGGAUGAUGGGGGGGAUAUUGUGGAGGUUAUUGAGGAGCAUUCUUCGCCGCCUAGGAGGUCAAGUAGGGGUUCCCGUCGGUGAUGUAUUCUGAUGGGAUAUGGCUGUUUGCUUGCUUUAUAUCGAGUGAUGGAGUUAUUCGGAUUCGAUUAUUAUAUUUAUAUUUCUACUGUUCGAUCAGAGAAGGCUGAGUCUCGGGAUACACUUGAAGAACCGUGGGGUGGAUGCAAGGCGAGUUUGCUACGGUUCGUGCCUAUUAUGGAUGUGCUACGGAUGCCGCUUGCUGUAGGGCAUUGCUUUCGAGUUGCCCGCGUCUACGCCAAUUAUAUACUUAAUUAUCCUCAUGGUCAUGUUUAUGAUGGUUAUGCUAUUAUCCUACCCACUCCACGUUGUGAUUUAUUCUACAGGUAUACAUUUGGUGGCUGUUUGUCUAUUCUACUGCUGUAUUUAGUCCUGCAUUUACUAGUAUCAACAGGUUUACAAAGGUUGUGUAUCGAAUUCAAACUGAUCAUGCU